AUGGACCGUUCCAUCUCUACUUGUGGCUCUAUGCUAGACCAGUCCUUCAAUCGCGACCUAUACCACCACCUCCCGUCUAGCUCCAGCUCCAGGACGCCAGAGACUCCUCCCUCCAUCUUCGACGGCUGGUCUGAUUCCAGCUCAAACAGCCCGGAUGCAAAGAUACCUUAUCAUCAACAACAACAACCGUGGGCCGUUGAGCCGGCGGUGAACUGCUCUCUGUUUCCGUCCCACCCCGAGUCACCAAUCGAGCCUCCAUUAGAUGGCCUCCCCCGUAUAAUCCCCAGCACGGGCGGCCACGUCCCUGAAUGGUCUGGGCCACUGAUGGCUCCUGGCUAUUCUUCAUCGAGGCAAUUGAGGCCUGAGACGCGGCGCCUACCUGCUGGCAAGCAUAUGUCGGAUUGGGUACACGCAAAGUCACCAGAGGUGCCUCCGUCGUCCUUCUCCUUGUACAAGGCUCCUUCACACCUGUUUGGAGCUACUAUCACCCCGCACUCGCAAUCUCCUUCUCCGUCGGCGAAUCCUAUGAUGACAACAGGGUUAUCGCCCACACCUGUUAGCGCUCCAUACCACGCGCUUCCAUUAACCGUGUUGAGCCCACCACCCAUCAAGCUUGAGGCGGAUCGCGAGGUUGCACCGCCAGCGAAUCCGGAGGAGACGGAGGAGACCAGUGCAGAUCCUCCAUACUCGCAACUCAUCUUCGAUGCGCUUGAUGCUGCACCCGGGAAGAAACUGCCCCUUCAGGGUAUCUACCAGUGGUUUGAAAAGAACACGGCCAAGGGGAGGGAUCCGGGCUCGAAGGGUUGGCAAAACAGCAUCCGUCACAACUUGUCGAUGAAUGCCGGUUUCGAGGCUGUUCGAGAAGAUCCCGUCCCAGGGAAAAAGCCCGUCAACUAUUGGCGCUUGACGAAUGAUGCAGCAGAGAACGGCAUCCAAUCUACAACCCGGUAUAGAAAACAGACAAAUUACAAAAAGUCUACGGCGUGGGAUCCCCCGGCCCCUCAGCGUCAGCGCUCUGGAGCCAAGGGGGGUAAAGCAACGAAAAUCAGCGCGAAGUAUCGAGGUCUCGCACACAACAUGAAUAACAUGAGCCUAGAGGAGUACCGACGAGAACGAGCAUAUCGCCAACAGCAACAGCUUCACCAUCUUCGCAAUCUUCACGGCUAUCCCCACCAGCAACAAUUUCAACAGCUGCAACAACAGCGGCGCCUCCCCAAUGACCUCCUACACGCCCAAUAUCUCCACCGAACGUCGCCCACGACAGCGACAACGACAACAACCACCCCAGCAGCAGGAACAACGGUGUUGUCACCCGGUUAUGCAGGAGCAACGACAUCCACCACAGCCCCGAUGCCACGCCCCCCGGCCGUCCAGAGCUUUAAUCUAGGCGACUUCGUUGGCUGUGCUAGCGCUGCCCCCUGCACAGCUCCCGCUCCAACUCCCAUUUAUUGCGACAUGGCGGGACCCAGCUCAGAUUGCCUCGUCUUUGAUGCCGGGUUCAUGGGGAUGAGUGGCGUCCAUUCGCCCUUUGCUGUCUCCGAGAUCUCGGCGUCAGAUCUUCACAUUGGGCUAUAA